GGGCGGGGGGGUCCGGGCAGAGGAUGCUCCCCAAUGGCACCUGCCCCAGGCUUCCGGGCGGUGCAGGCAGCGACAGCGGCGACAGCGACAGCGGCGGCAGCGACAGUGGUGGCGGCGGAGCCGGUGGCGCCUCGGAGGAGGCGGCGGCGGAGGGCAUGGACUCGGGCGGCAGGAAUUCCUCCGGCGCUCCGAACAGCACCCUGAGUGAGUCUCAGGGCAGCGCCAUCCUCAUCUCAUUCAUCUACUCCGUGGUGUGCCUGGUGGGGCUGUGCGGCAACUCCAUGGUCAUCUACGUGAUCCUACGUUAUGCCAAGAUGAAGACAGCCACCAACAUCUACAUCCUCAACUUGGCCAUCGCGGAUGAGCUGCUGAUGCUUAGCGUCCCCUUUCUGGUUACCUCCACCCUGCUGCACCACUGGCCCUUUGGCUCCCUGCUCUGCCGCCUGGUGCUCAGUGUGGAUGCCAUCAACAUGUUCACCAGCAUCUACUGCCUGACCGUGCUCAGUGUGGACCGUUACAUCGCUGUGGUGCACCCCAUCAAGGCGGCCAGGUACCGCCGACCCACUGUGGCUAAGAUGGUCAAUCUGGGUGUCUGGGUGCUUUCCAUCCUCAUCAUCCUGCCCAUCAUCAUCUUCUCCAACACAGCAGCCAACAGUGAUGGAACAGUGGCUUGCAACAUGCUCAUGCCAGAGCCCACCCAGAGAUGGCUGGUGGUCUUUGUGGUCUACACCUUUCUGAUGGGCUUCUUGCUGCCUGUGGUGGCCAUCUGCCUCUGCUACAUCCUCAUCAUUGCUAAGAUGCGCAUGGUGGCCCUGAAGGCUGGCUGGCAGCAACGCAAACGCUCAGAGCGCAAGAUCACCCUCAUGGUCAUGAUGGUGGUGAUGGUCUUUGUCAUCUGCUGGAUGCCCUUCUACAUUGUGCAGCUGGUCAAUGUCUUUGUAGAGCAGGAUGAUGCCACCAUCAGCCAGCUCUCUGUCAUCUUGGGCUAUGCCAACAGCUGUGCCAACCCUAUCCUCUAUGGUUUUCUCUCAGACAAUUUCAAGCGGUCCUUCCAGCGGCUGCUCUGCCUCAGCUGGAUGGACAAUGCUGCAGAAGAACCCAUCGACUACUAUGCCACUGCCCUCAAGAGCAGGGCAUACAGCGUGGAGGACUUUCCCCCAGACAACUUGGAGUCAGGGAGCAUGUACAGGAAUGGCACUUGCACCUCCAGGAUUACCACCCUCUGAGGAAGCAUUCCUGUCCCCCAGCUCCCUUACUGCCCCCCAGCUGGAGGGUGAGCGAAGCCAGGGCUGUGGCAUGGGGAGGCUGGGAGGGAGGGGAUUUUGGUCCUGCCCACUGCCAGCAGUAUUUGGAGCAAGAAAGAGCGAGGAAAAUCCCACAUUCUUGAUUUGCUGCCCCCUGCACCCUGGUUGCUGCCCUUGAAAGCGGGUGCAUUCUCUGAUGCUUUGACAUCCACAUAGUGAAUUGUGGCUCUCAUGGGUUAGGUUAGGGUCUGGUAGCCUGGCUGUGCCACUCCUCUCUGUCUGACAAAUGGCUGUAAAGGUCCUGCAGUGACUCUCCCUCCAUCUUUUGUACAGUUUGCCCUUCCCCUUGGCUGGUGGGACACCCCAGGCCACUGAGUCGAGCCUGCCUCAAGCCAAGCCCCAGCAUUCAGGUUCAGACUCCCCCCAGCUGCAAAAGACCCUGCUCAACAUCUGUCAGUACACACCUCCCCUUCAGAGAUUAGAAAUGCUGGAAAAAUUCCCCCCAACACAUACCUUGCCCUCCCCCAGGAAGGAGUGUGUAGCAUCUCUCUGCACCUACCCUUCCCUCCCCUUGGAAUAAAAAAGAAAGCAGGGAGCAAAAAGUCCCCAAGAAAGAAGCAGCA